AUGGUCCACGUCCGCAUCAACGAGCGCGAAGCUAACCCGAACCCACACGUUAAUUUCAUCUCCGUUCUGCCUAUGGUCGAUGCCACCCUCGAGGAUGACGCUCGGCAACUUAUGCGGGCGCUGGCUGCGCAGGUGAGGCCUGUCAUGAAGGCUCACGGUUUCACCGUGAACAGCUUGGAAGAGUACGAGUAUAACAGAGUGUUCGCAGGGCGGAACUGGAACAAUGGAGAGACAAUUGAGCUGGUUCUAAAAUCUGCUAGCGGUUCAUUUGUACCAAUCCACUGGCUCAUGAGCACAUUAUGCCAUGAACUCGCCCACAUAAAGCACAUGAAUCACGGACCUGCUUUCCAAGCCCUCUGGCAACAGCUACGCAAUGACGUCCGUACCCUCCAAAACAGGGAAUAUUAUGGCGACGGCUAUUGGUCUUCAGGGACCAGAUUAGCAGAUUCCGCGAAAAUAGCUGGCCAAGGCAUUGAAAUGGGAGACCUUCCUGAAUACAUGGUCGGUCGUCCUCCAUCUUUCUCAUCUAUGUCUCUCAGAUGGUGCAAACAGUGUGGUGGUGCUCACUCACGCACCCGACCUGCCUCCUACCAACGACGUAGAAGGAUUGCUAAAUUUAGUGGGCCCUCUGUGCACACAGGUGCCCAAUCCGAAAAGAAACGCAAGGCUGGCUCCAGGAUUAACAACGCUAAUGCAUUCGGUUCAGGUGGAAAGGCACUGAACGAUGGUAUCAUUGGCGAGAAGAAAGAAGCCGGAACGGGAUUUAGGAAGAAAGCUGGAAGUAAACGCGCCCGGGAAGAACGUGCACUUGCUGCCGAGAGACGUAUGGAGACGCUCAAAGCGUCAGCAUCCACUUCGCGCCUGAAGACUGAACCUACAACAGAUUCCGAAUCCGAAUCCGAUGCUGAUGCCGAAUCACUAGAAACAGAUCAAGACCGUCGCAGAACCAUGCUUGAAUCCGUCGGAGGACAAGAGCUUGACGAUAUGAAAGCAACUAGAUAUGACUUCUCAGAUGACUUCAGACUUCCCGGAGAAACUGGCGGUAAUACAUGCAGCAUUCACAAAAUUGAACGUCCCGGAGCUGCUGUGUCGAUAGACGCGCAGCCCGGUUCAUCGACCCGACCCGGCAAGCAUCGACGUGUGGAGGACGAUGAGGUAUCUGUCACCAAGAAAUUACGGAUUUCUGGUGCUCCUAGACCUGGCAAGACAGAAGAUCAGCCGGAUGGCUGGAACUGUCUCGUAUGUACCCUAGCCAAUGAGCCAGAACACCUAGCCUGUUCUGCCUGCAGCACCCCCAGAGGAGACCCUCUCUGGGUGGGCAGAGGUUCAUGA